AUGCGGAAUACCACCAGUUCAGGUCGGCCACUGGACCCGCUCGUCUACAUCCUCUCAGGGGCCCUGUCCUUCACCAUCCUGGUGUUCACGCUGCUGGGGGUCGCGUGUCUCAGAAACUCUCAUCCUGCCCAUGAGGACGGGGCCAGCAGCGGGGGAGGAGGUGGAGCUGCCUCCCAAAUCCCCCUGCAGCAGAGCAGCACAGUCGGGUUCUCCUCCAGGAGGCUGUGGAAGGGCCUGCAGCAGGGUUCUCAUGUUGCCAAGUCAGACCUGAACCUGCUGCAGCUGAUCAAAGCAGGGAAGGAGGGCGUCUUCUACAAGGCCAGGAUGACCAGAGGGACUUGUAAAGGCCAUACCAUGUUCACCUGCAAGAUCAGCAAGGAAGGUGUCCGUCCUAAGCAUGUGGACACAGAGGUUUCCAUCAUGAGGAAACUGGUGCACCACAAGAACAUCCUCCAGUUACUGGACUGGAACACCACUGAGGAUCCUUACAUUCUGAUCAUGGAGUAUGUGAGCUACGGCACUUUGAGGAGCUUCCUGCAGACCAACAAAGCUGACCUGAGUGCAGACCCCGAGCUGCAGAGCCUCAUCACCAUCGCCUCCUACCACAUUGCUCUGGCCAUGCAGCACCUGCGCUCCAAGAUGAUUGUGCACUGUGACUUAGCUCUGAGGAACAUCAUGGUCAAUAAGUUUCCCUGGGAGGUAAAAGUGGCAGAGUUCGGCCUGGCCCGAGACUUGACACGCGUGACGAGCCGCCGCAGCAUCAGCCGCAGGAGAAACCCACAGCAGCGAGUGCCUUUGCGAUGGUACCCACCUGAGUACUUCAAGAACAACUAUUACAGCUUCAAAGGAGACGUGUGGGCAUUCGGCAUCGUGCUGUGGGAGAUGCAGACAUUUGGUACACUGCCAUACCCCAACCUUGAGACCUCAGAAGCAGUGAUGUACCACAUCUGUAUUGGUCACAAGAACACAAACCCUGAAGGCUGCAGACCGGAGAUACUUCAUAUCAUGAGAGACUGUUGGCUGGAGCCGUGCACUCUGAGACCCUCCUUCACAGACAUCGUCCGCAUGCUGGAGAACAUCAUGGAAAGCGAUGCAGAUUAUGUGGAUGUUGAGAGUCCACAGCUUUUGGCGAAAGAGGAGGCUGAAUAUCAUGAAGCUUGAUGUCUCCAGGCAGCCAGCGUCACCUUGGAAGAUACAAAUCCCAUCUAAAUACCAAGCCAUCGUAUUCUGAACACUUGUGUGUAUUUAAAACAGUACACACAACUUUGCAGGCUACAUUUAUCUGUAUAAAGUAACCAUAAGAUGAUCACACAUAAACCGCUCGACAGAGAGCAUGGUUGUAAAGAACCCAGGCCCUUCUAUGCUUAAAAGUUUUAAAAAGUAAUAUUGUGAAGUCAGUUCUUAGGUGGGACAAAGAUUGUUAUGACCUGUUGUUGUUGUUAGGGCUAGUUAAAACCUCGGCAACAAAUUGUAAACAAACGGAGUAAAUAUUUGCACUAGUCCAAAUUGUGCAUUAUAAAUGCAUACAUAAUGACAUAAAUAUAUAUACUUUGAAAUCUCAAUAAUUAAAGAUACAUUUAAGGAUUUAAAGCCAUACAUACACAUGAAUAUGUAGGUUCAACCCUACAACAUGUCACAUGUCAUCUGUCCCUUACUCCCUACUGGCUGGAAGCUCCUCUGAAUUGGCAGGUGUCAGUUCCUACCUCACAAUAUACAGUACAGGGGCUCAAGCUCUGGGCUCCAAGGUACAGAGGGCCCCACAGAGAGGAGAGAUAGAGCGAGGGACCCCUCUCAAUAAAUUGCAGCUAAGACAAGCAGCGCACACUAUUUCAAGCUCUCCCAGAGGGGAACAUACUGGUGCAGCUAUGGGGGGUGUGGUGCUACAUCAAGCUCCUUUUUAAAAACUGAAAUAACUGAUCAAUACAAGUCAAACUACGUGUAUGUUUCCUUCAUUACUCAAUGAUUAAAGUGUUAAAAUGCUACUUUUACUGAUUUA